AUGAUUAUUUUAAUAAAUUCUAUACCAGCUGUUGUACUAUCUAAUUGUCCAUUGUUACGUAGUUUCAUGAAUGAUACAGGUGUUCUUACUUUUAAUAAAGUGACAAUGAUGAAUACUGAAUCAAUUAUUCAUUGUCAAUGGUUAUUGGUUGGUUCAUCACAUCAGCGUAUUGUUGUUGAAUUUGAUUAUGUAUUUAUUCCGGUUUCUAUUGAAGAAUAUUUAAAAACAGGUUGCCGCCGUGGUUCUGUUAAUUUAUGGACACCAGGAUUAGAACAUGAAAAAGUUGAAAUAUGUGGUGAUCGUCGUAAAGUACGUGUUGCUGGUGUGGGACAAACAUUAAUGAUUGAAUUUCGUCUUAAUGAUCAAUAUCUUGAUGCAAAUUUUUUUCUGCAUUAUGAACUUAUUCAAAUAGAACAAGCAUUAAGUACACCAUCUCAUUUAAUUAAUUCAUCUAUGUUAUCAACAGAAAACUAUGCUGAAUGUGGUUUAACAUCGACAAAUGGUUAUAGAUUUUCUCGUGAAGUUUCUAGUCGUAUUGUUGGUGGUCGUCAAGCCGUACCACAUAGUCAUCCAUGGCAAGUUCUUCUUAAUGAUCGUGGCAAAUUUUGUGGAGCAACGAUUCUCAAUGCUAAUUGGAUCGUAACUGCAGCACAUUGUGUUAAUGGAACAAAUCCACAAAAUCUAAUGGCCGAAUUUGGUGUACACGAUCGAUAUACUACAGAACGUUCACGAGUAACAAGAACGAUUAAACAAAUUGUUAUUUAUCCUUCGUAUAAUGGAAAAUCAACUCGAUGGGUACAUGAUAUUGCAUUACUUGAAUUAUCUAAUUCACUUAUAUUCAAUCCAUUUGUUCGAUCAAUAUGUUUGCCAUCAACACAAAAUUUUGUUCAAAUUGCUGAUCGAACAGUUGUUACUGGUUGGGGAGACACUCAUGGUACAGGAAAUUUUCGAUAUUUGCGUGAAGUUGAAGUACCUAUUCAAUCAAGUGAACAAUGUGGAUUAAAAGAUCUUAAUUUUAUAACAACUCUCUGUGCUGGUUUAUGUAAAAAUUCAACCUGUGAUGCAUGUCAAGGUGAUUCAGGUGGUCCGAUGGUUCUAUUAAGAAAUGGUCGUUGGCAUUUAGUUGGUUUAAUAUCAUGGGGUUUUAGUUGUGCUGGUCUUGGUGUAUAUACAAAAAUAUCAUAUUAUACAGAUUGGAUUACAAAAAUCAUUUAUUAA